CACCUUGCCUCGAACAUCGAUGAAAUCACCGCCGAGCAAUUGGAAAGAACGUUCAGAACAAAUAUUUUCGGAAUGUUCUACCUUACCAAACACGCCGUUAAGCAUAUGAACAAAGGCAGCAAUAUUAUAAAUACGACAUCCGUGACUGCGUACCAUGGUCAUCCACAGCUUAUGGACUAUGCUUCCACAAAG